AUGAUUGCCAAAUUUCUCACCGUUUUGACCCUCUUGGGUGCCUCACUUGCAUCACCUGUCGUGGAGCGACAAGCAGCAUGCACCGAUGAGUAUCGCGCGGCCCAGCUUGAUGGCGUGGCCCCAGCAUUCAGCGACCAAACACCAGGCGCUACUGCGAGAUUCUUGCAACAGCUUCCCCUGAAGCCGGAUGCCAAGUUGCUGCUAUACAUCAACGGUGCACCUCCGAUCACCAUCGCUCCAGACGCAUCAACAACUCGAAACUUCGCUCUGGGAGUCAGGCAAAUCUUCUACCGAGUAUAUCCAACCAUUGACCCAUCGACCAUCAACUCUCCCAACGGCACGAGCCACACUGAGCUAGAGAUCGAACUUGGUCCACGCGUGAUCGCUCUUCCUGUGAAUAUCCAUGCCGACAUGAACUUCAACUACGACUUGGCCGACUGCAAGAUCAAGACCCUUGAUGGCUUCUUGACGAUCCCAUCCGCUGUUUUUGGCAUUCCAGUGAAUCAAGCUGCUGCGGUUGCGGAACUUUUGGCAGCGGGCAACGCUGGUAGGAUGCCAGCGCUUUGA